AUGGGAGACCUUGUAUCACCAACGAAAAAGCGGUACGCCUUAGUGGGCACCGGAGGAAGAGCAGGCCUCUUCUACACGACCAUCGCAAAAGACUACAGCAAGACAAGCACCGUAGUAGGACUUUGCGAUACCAAUCAAACCCGCCUCAACUAUGCUAAAUCCAAAAUCGAAGCCCUAGGCCACCCACCAAUCCCAACCUAUUUAGCAGCCGACUUCGACGAAAUGAUCGCAGAAACAAAACCAGACGAAGUAAUCGUGACAACAAUUGACCGAACCCACCACACCUACAUCGUACGUGCCAUGGAACUGGGCUGCAACGUAAUAACCGAAAAACCAAUGACAAUCGACGUCCCUCAAUGUCAAGAGAUCAUCUCGGCGGUCGACCGCACCAACCAGCGCGUCAGGGUGACAUUCAACUACCGCUACGCACCGCACAACACAAAGAUCUUCGAGAUCAUCCGCUCAGGCGCAAUCGGGUCUGUGACGAGCAUUCAUUUCGAAUGGAUGCUGAACACGUCUCACGGCGCGGACUAUUUCCGGCGCUGGCAUCGCGAUGUCCGGAAUAGUGGUGGUCUUCUUGUUCACAAGUCGACGCAUCAUUUCGAUUUGAUUAAUUUCUGGUUGCAGUCGAAACCGAAGACGGUCUAUGCUCAAGGUGAUCUGAAGUUCUAUGGCAAGAAGAAUGCCGAGGAGCGCGGUGUCACGGAGUUCUAUGCCCGGGCUCAUGGUAGUGCUGUUGCUAGGGAUGAUCCAUUUGCUCUUCAUCUCGAUCAGAACCAGCAACUUAAGGCGCUUUACCUAGAUGCUGAGCAUGAGGAUGGCUAUUUCCGUGAUCAGAGUGUCUUCGGUGACGGGAUUAGUAUUGAAGAUACCAUGAACGUCCUUGUUCGGUAUGAGAACAAUACCGUCUUGACAUAUUCACUCACGGCUUACGCGCCAUGGGAGGGCUUCCGUGUCAGCUUCAAUGGAACGGGUGGUCGAUUGGAGGCGGAGAUUGUUGAGAGCAGCUAUGUCAACUCUGGAGGCGAACAGGCCAAGGAAGGUGCUGCUGAAAGCAUCACGCUGUUAUUGCGGCCAUUGCUCCAAGAGCCACAGAAGGUUGAAAUUGUGCAGGGUGCUGGUGGUCAUGGAGGUGGCGAUAAUGUGUUGCUGCGCGAUCUGUUUGGAGAUGUUGAGCCUGAUGAGUACAUGAGGGCUGCUAGUCAUAUUGAUGGAGCUGCUUCUAUUUUGACUGGUGUUGCUGCUAAUCGGUCUAUUCGGACUGGGCAGGUUGUCACUGUUAGCGAUAUUCUCAGUCUACCUUGA